CUCAAGGAACCAUGGAAGAAAUACAAGCCCUUCCCUCGCAUGAACCUUUCCGAUCGCCAAUGGCCCUCGAAAUCGAUUGAAAAGGCCCCUCGAUGGCUGGAGACCAGUCUCCGAGACGGAAACCAGAGCAACCCAGACCCAAUGAACGGAGAGGAGAAGUGGAGAUUCUUCAAGAUGCUCUGCGAUAUUGGAUUCAAGGAAAUUGAGGUUUCCUUCCCUUCUGCGUCUCAAACCGACUUCGACUUUACAAGACGCCUGGUCGACACCCCUGGAGCUAUCCCCGACGAUGUUGCGAUCCAAGUGCUGUCGCCAUGCCGACCCGACCUGAUCAAGCGCACAGUCGAGGCUGUCUCCGGUGCCAAGAAUGCCAUUAUUCACAUCUAUCUCGCCACCAGCGAGUGUUUCCGGAGAAUCGUCUUCAACCACUCCGAGGAGCAAACCCUGGAACUCGCCGUGCGUUGCGCCAAGGUUGUCAGAUCCCUUACAAAGGACGAUCCCGCUCAAUCAGGCACAAACUGGCAGUUUGAGUUCAGUCCUGAGUGUUUUUCUGAUACCUCGCCUGAGUUUGCCGUCAAGGUCUGCAAUGCUGUCCGGGAGGCCUGGGGACCCACGGUCGAGACACCCAUGAUUGUCAACCUACCCGCCACAGUCGAGAACGCAUCUUGCAAUGUUUUUGCUGAUCAAGUGGAGUUUUUCUGCAGAAAUAUCUCUGAGCGCGAGACGGUUUGCGUCAGUGUCCACAACCACAACGAUAGGGGUACCGCAGCAGCCGCAGCAGAGUUGGCCCAGAUGGCCGGAGCCGACCGCGUAGAGGGAUGCCUCUUUGGAAACGGCGAGCGUACUGGAAACGUCGAUCUGGUUACGCUGGCGCUGAAUCUUUAUACCCAAGGAGUUCCACCCAACUUGGACUUUUCCAACUUGACCCAGAUCAUCGACCUGGUUGAGGACUGCAACAAGAUCCCCGUUCACCCUCGCGCUCCCUACGCAGGCUCCUUAGUAGUUUGUGCCUUUUCCGGGAGCCACCAAGAUGCUAUCAAAAAGAGCGGCAUGCAAAUCCGCUCUCGCGACGGAAAAUCAUACGAGGAUUACUGGGAAGUUCCUUAUCUACCCCUGGAUCCCGAGGAUGUUGGGCGUACCUACGAGGCCAUCAUCCGUGUCAACUCCCAGAGCGGCAAGGGCGGCGCCGCAUGGAUUAUUCUGCGGAAACUUUCACUGGACAUCCCUCGAGGUCUGCAAGUUGCGUUCUCUAGUGUUGUUCAGAAGCAGGCUGAUGGUCUUGGCCGUGAGCUUCGACCCGAGGAAAUCACCGACCUCUUCGAGACGACCUACUUCCUUAACGAGAACCCUCGAUUCAGCCUGGUCGACUACUCUAUUACUCCCGACCGCUCACAAUCUCCCGCGCCCCCUGCGCCGGGCAAGACACAGGAAACCAAGAACCUGAACCGAGUUUUUGAGGGUGUGGUAUCAGUCGAUGGUAGGGAGAUCAAGCUCCGUGGACGCGGCAAUGGACCCAUCUCCAGCAUGGCGAAUGCUCUGAAGGACGUUGGCGUCGACCUGGAUGUCAAUGACUACAAGGAGCAUGCCAUUGGUGAGGGUCGUGGCGUCAAGGCUGCCUCUUACAUUGAGUGCAAGAUUGGAAACACCAAGCAGACGGUGUGGGGAGUUGGCAUCCACGAGGAUGUGGUUCAGAGCUCUCUGAUUGCUCUGCUGAGCGCUGCCAGCAACUUCAUCACCAGCAGACCUGGAAGCCCCGUUCUGAAGCCUGUUGCAUCUCGUCCCAAGACUCUGGACCCCAGCAGUGCCAAUGGCGCACCCACGCAGCCUGCUCAGGAGACUCCCAGUGUGGUUUCUAUCCUGGAGGAGAAGGCGAAUGGCAUGUAAAGUAGUGUGUGAGUUUGUGUUGGGGGACGAAGCUUUUGCCUCCUCCUUAUUGUCUACCGUUAGUGUGUCGUCAACUACGGACAUUGGAGCUCUGGGGGUGAAUUCAUACGAAAAAAGGCCUAAAAUGAAUCGAGGCCAGGGAGAAUCUUGAAAUAGGCAGACAGAUUCAACCUAAAAGCAACACCUGUUUUCUUGUAA